AUAUUUUUUUUGUUGCAUUAAUGAAAACAGAACCUUAAAAGGGAGGAAUUGUAGAAGAACUGAAGGGAUUGGAACCGCGGGUGACGACGCCGCACCUUCUGCGACGGAGACAUGGAAAACGAUGACGUUGAUAUGCUCGGCGCCGAUAACAACGAAGCCGAUUUGGAUGACAUGAAGAAGCGGUUGAAGGAAAUGGAAGAUGAAGCUGCUGCUUUGCGGGAGAUGCAGGCAAAGGUUGAGAAAGAGAUGGGAUCUGUCCAAGAUCCCGCUAAUGCUUCUGCAAGUCAGAUUAAUAGGGAGGAAGUAGAUUCUCGGUCAAUCUUUGUGGGCAAUGUGGACUAUGCAUGUACUCCCGAAGAAGUGCAGCAGCAUUUCCAAUCGUGUGGAACAGUAAACCGAGUCACCAUUCGCACUGAUAAGUUUGGCCAACCCAAAGGUUAUGCUUAUGUAGAAUUUGUUGAAGUGGAAGCUGUUCAAGAGGCUCUUUCGCUGAAUGAAUCUGAACUGCAUGGACGUCAAUUGAAGGUAACUGCUAAAAGGACCAAUGUACCUGGGAUGAAGCAAUUUCGUCCCCGCCGUCCUAGUAAUCCUUACAUGGGAUUUCGAGGCAGAACUCCAUAUGCACCUCCUUUUGCCUAUGCCCCUGCUCCUUAUGGAUAUGGAAAGGUUCCAAGGUUCAGAAUGGGGAUGCGUUACAGCCCCUACUAUUGAAUGCCAAAUUCUGGUGAAAUGGAUUUAUUGAUUGUUGGAUGGACAUAAUACCCUACUCCCCCUCCCUCACAUGUUAUCAUGGCUACUGAUGUUUUGGCUUAUAAUGAGAGUACUGUUGGACCGCCUAGACUGAGGUGGUUUGUCCUGUGAGGAUGAUUGAACACAUUUAACGGUGAACCUUGUAAACUUGUGGUGUUUUCUUAUGGUUUUGCUUUAGUGUUUAUAUAUAAAUUCAAAUGCUCUUUGUAAAAUUAUCCAUAGUAAACACAGCUUAAUAUAUAUUCUCA